GCACAUUUUUUUUUGACGGUACUGUAGCGUGUUGAAAACGAAAAUAUAAAAAUCAGCACCGAUGGACUUUUUUCAAGUGUAUGAUGUACAGACUCUUCAGAGAAAAGCCGACCUACCUGUCAUCGGCGAAAUUAGCAUUGUGUUUGUGCUGGUAGUGGUGGUUGGGGUGCUGCUGCAGCGCCUUCCGGCAUUUUUAGUCCACUCUUUUACUCUGUCUUAUAGUGGGGCGUCCAAAAGGCCAGGGCCCACCCCAGUUCAGUGUCCUAUUGCCCAAGCGGCGGAGGUUCCUGAACACCCACCCGCUUCUCCACCGGACAACGCCGAGGUGGAAGCCGAAAAGACCGGACUCGGUCUCAGUAGCGAAAGUAGCGUUCUUAGUGGGGCGCUGGACUCAUUUUUUGAGGAGGAGGAGAUCCUUGAAGAGUCCCUCUUAGACGCAAACGUCUCGGGAGGCAUUCAAGAAACUCGAUCCGACAAGGACCCCAACGUCAGUCGACAUCCGAAGCCGUCCGAGGAAUCUCCAUUGAAUGCGAAUAAUAUUCAACGGGAUAUUGCCCAAAAGAUGACCCGGUGUUUCAAAAAAAAGGCCACGGUAGCUCCCCGAGUUCCCCAAUUAUCUAAAAGUAAGUUUACCGAUCCCACUGCCACCUUAGAUGCCGCGCUGAAUGACUUUUGGGGCGAGGAGGAUAUCCUAAACGAAGCCAUUAUUGAUUGUGCCGUUGAGGAGUCUAAACAUUCCGCGUGAAUACAAAGUGAGUCACAAGCUUCAAUAUCAAAUGCGAUGGGCCCAGUGCUAUGUGGAAGCUUUGAUAAUGCAAAGUCGCUCAGUAAAAGUGAAAGAUUCCUAUAAAUAAUACCCCUUUUCUCUCAUUUUGUGGUUGUCUGAAUCUUUUCAGGACG